GCCCGACCUGUGAUACUUAUUCAGAACAACUUUUCCACAUCAUCUGUGCUCAAUGUCAAAAUCUAUUCUAGCGCUAAAGAAGCAGUACAAGAUAUCCCAGAUAAUGCAAAACUUCUUGUCGGAGGCUUUGGAUUGUGUGGUAUUCCUGAAAAUUUAAUCAACGCGUUGAGUGAAACUGGACAGAAAGGUCUAACAUGCGUUUCGAACAAUGCGGGUGUAGACGAUUGGGGACUAGGAAUUCUGUUGAAGUCAAGGCAGAUCAAAAAGAUGAUAUCUUCGUACGUCGGAGAAAAUGCAGAGUUUGCACGACAGUAUCUCUCCGGAGAACUUGAGCUUGAAUUUACUCCUCAGGUAAGUGCAUAA